AUGCAGAAUACGACGAAGAGCGAGCCCCAGAUAUUCCAAGCAGCUUUCAUCGCCACAACAAUUUUUUGCUUCAUCGCCACAUUCAUCAUAUCUUUUGGAAACUUUGCUCUUCUUUACGCUCUUUAUAAAAACCUAAAAUACGAUCCUCGGAAUCCUUCGUUGCCUCUCUACAUUAACUUGAUCUUUUCAGACUUUCUUACGGGAUUCGUAGUUGGUUCGCUGACCACGGCCGAUGCCUAUAUCGAUGUCUUUGGCAAAAAUAGUGUAGCACUCGACUCCUGCCUUUUUCUUUUUGGAGGUUUACUGAUGUUCGUCAAUAACUUGACCAUAACGUCAAUUUCUGUUCUUCGCUUGAUAGCCGUAGUCAAGCCAUUGCUAUACAGAUGUAGUAUCACCGCAAAAAGAAUUAGACUCCUCAUCGUAUUUAUAUGGUUGUUUUCGUUUCUCAUCUGUCUUCUACCGGCUUUUCGUUUGCCACAGUGGAUCGUAAUUCUGAUCUAUAGCCACAGCCAUGCAACAAUACCAAUUGUCAUUCUGACUUCCGUGUACCUUGUGAUCUUGAGAAGUCUUAAGAAGCAAAGAAGAUAUUUUUUGAACAUGCAUGAGAGAAUGGAAGAUACUAUGUUGAAAAAACGAAUAGAGCGGGAUCAUUCGCUGAUCGUGACUAUAGCCAUGGUAUUGGUGCUAUUUUGUUUAUCAUCGUUUCCUUUCGUCAUUGGUGUUCAUGUUUUAACCUACAUUCAAAACUGUGAUAACUGCUUGAGCGAGUUUGCUAUGCGUAUGAUAACCUCUGGAAUAUAUUUUUCUGGGAGGUGUGUUCUCUUAAACUCGGCCCUCGAUCCUUUUCUAUUGACAGUACGAAUGCCGAAGAUACGGGAAGCUGUAAGAAAAACCUAUGCGCGACACCUUUGCCUUUUCUCGAAGAGCAUGGUUCUCCCUCAACCGAAAAAAGUAGCUAUUCAAAGCAGUAACGAUAAGCAAGAAACAGCGGCUGUUGUGCUGCAAAAAGUGCAUGACAUCGUUAAUGUUACCGUCCAUGAUCAGUAA